AUGACCAUUCCAAAAUCUUCAACAGGACAGUCGUAUCCGCCUGUACUCGACUACCGCAUUGUGCAGCUCAUCGGCGGAGGCGGUUUCAGCAAAGUGUUCCGUGCCGUCAACCCAUCCUCCGAGUCUCAUAGCGUUGCAGCCAUCAAGGUCAUCUCAUAUGCCCCGAACCGUUCCAACAAGUAUCCGAUCGACCGUCGAGCUUUGCAGAAGGAGGUGCAGGUACACUCUAUUCUCAAACACCCCAACGUCCUCGAAUUUCUCGGAGCUGUCGAACGCGGAGUGGACAAGAACGGAAAUGCAGGCAAAGAAAAGGGUAUCUUGAUGGGUGAAGCUGUCGCCACUACCAAGGAAUCCAUCCGGGCUCGCGACAAGGAACGCCAACAGAUGCUCAGCUCUCCCUCGCACGAUCAAAACUACGUACCGGGUCUUUACAUGGUGCUUGAACUCGGAGCUGGUGGCGAUCUCUUUGACAAGAUUGCGCCAGACUAUGGUGUUGAAGAGGAUCUCGCCCAUUUCUACUUUCAGCAGCUGCUGGCAGGUCUGGAAUACAUCCACUCCCAAGGCGUCACGCACCGCGACAUCAAGCCGGAAAACAUGCUGCUCGAUGCAGAGGGUAACCUCAAGAUUGCCGACUUUGGCCUCUGCUCCGUUUACAAGUACAAAGGCAAGGAGCGAGAGCUGACGGGUGCAUGUGGUUCUUUGCCUUACAUUGCACCCGAGAUGAACGGCAAACCGUAUCGUGGUGAGCCUGUCGACGUGUGGAGCUCCGGCGUGGUGCUCUUCGCUAUGCUCGUCGGCAGCACGCCUUGGGACGAGCCCACGUCCAGAUCGCCCGAGUACAGCGCCUACCGCACUGGAAAGCUGUUUGAGUACGACCCAUGGCCCAGGAUUCCUCAGGACGCGCUGUCGCUGCUCAAAAAGAUGAUGCAUCCCACUCCAGAGAAACGCAUCACCUUUGAAGGCAUUCGACGCCAUCGCUGGUUCAAGCGUGCUAACGACCUCAUGACGCAGAAGGGGAAAUGCAACGACCCCGUCAAUCUGGCAGAGAAACUCUUGCAGGGUCUUGCCGUCUCGGGCGACAUCAUAGUCGAAGUGAACGGGGCCGCAGCUGCUGCUGCACGUCGACUCGACCUUCACUCUGAUGGUCAGCGAGCACAGGUACCUGAGAACGUGUCCUUGACUCAACCGGAUGCAAUUCUAACGAGCUCCUUUGACUUGGCAGCAAGGGCUGUCGCACGUGGCUGGGCGGACGAUACAGGUCCUGGCGGAGGACUGCCUCUUCCUUCGUCAACUGCAAUGCCUGCGUUUGCCAGCGACGACAUGUCACGUCGCUUAGCCAUGAGCCAGCACAUUUCAUCGCGUCGAGCCGAAUUCUCUACCACCGCCAGUGGCUCGGGUUACGAUAUGGCCUUACCAGGCGCAUCACAAUUUACGCAAGCGCUCAAUCACUUUACCCAAUUUGAAGCGCUCACUCACGUUGCUGGUACCGGUAGUUCGCAUCUGCGCUUCUCGCCCCAUCUCACGCGUUUCUUUUCUUCGGCCUCUGCAGCAACGAUUCUGGCGCUUAUCAUUGAUGUGCUCGACAGACUCGCUGUUUUGAAUGCACACCAAGCGAUCGGCGAUCAGGAAGAGCUAGAGCUGGAGGAAGCGUACAACUUUAUGGCCGACGGAGAGCCCGAGACCACAGUUCCGAGCGACGACAGUUCUCGCCCGACUGGUGGCAGCAAGAGGCUUCUGAUCGGAUCUAGAGGCGCGCGUAUUCGGCUGAAGACUAUGGACAGGCGCAAGUGUGUCUUGCGAGGAGAAGUAUACGUCGAGAACCUGGCUGCACCGGAUAGUACGUCAGAUUCGGCAUCUGCACCGGAUCGAAAUGCAGCAAAGUGUCUGGUGGUGAUGAAGAAAGGCAAAGGCGAUCCAUUGGAAUGGCGGAGACUCUUCCGAGAGGUUUGCCGUCGCCCCGAGAUCAUGCAAACAAUCAUCUCGACGUGA